AGGGAGAGGGGUACAGGGACCAGGUAAAGGAACAGAUGAGGUGGUUCGAACAGCCUUAGAGCCCACGGUCCAGCAGGGUGAAGACUUGGGUUUCUGGGGGAGAGAGGGUGGGGUGGUAAGAGAAGUGAGAGCCUGCUAGAGUGCAGGGAAGCUCGAGCAGGCAAUUGGAAGAUGAGGAAGAAGUGAAGGAACAGAAUAAUUCCUUCAGGAAAAAAGCAGAUGAGGCUGGAGGGAGGGUGAUAGGAAUCCCAGAUGGGGGGGGGAAAUAAGUGAAUUCUGGUGGGAGAGUAGGGAGACCUUGAAUAGACCUUUCUUGUGUUCUAGGACUCCGGAGAGAGGAGGGGGAAGCGACAGGAAUGGCAGCUGAGGGAAUAUUAGAGGGAAACUGAGGAAAGUUGCUGGAAGGGUUUGGAUGAGAUGUCAGGAAGCUGGCUUUUCUGCCAACGGGUCUAGGCUGCCUGGAUUCCCAGGGGACCUGGGGAGGUGUCCUGCCCUUCAUGUGGCCACAUUCAUCUGGGGCCAGGCCUUGGGCCAGUGCUUUAAUAGGGAAGGACCCAGGAGUCAUGGCUUGGUGGUGUCUGGAUGGGCUUCCGGAAGGCCUUGCUGAGCCAUGGAGAGAACUCUGGAGAUUGGGCUCACAGCCCCUGCACUGCACACCACCUUUCUCACCUCCGACAAGGAGCGGCAGAGACUGUAGAAACUUAAGGAGGAGGGUAAAGGCUCUGCCCAGAAUUCUAAAAGGAAACAUAGAUGGCUGGACAGAGAGUCUAGAGACUUCAAAUCAUGUGGAGAUGUUUCGACCUUCAGGUUCCACUGGGCUGAUUCCCCCAUCCCACUUCCAAGCUCGUCCCCUUCCAACUGUACCAAGAAUGGCUCCCACCUGGGCUUCACACAUUCCCCUGGUCCAACCCCCAACCCAUCGAGAUGUCUCAGAGAGGCGGCCAGACAACCAGAGACCUCAAGUGAUCAUGUGGGAACAGAAUGUUUCUGGCAAUGGGCAGGAGCCAGGGCGGAGAGGCAGGUCUGUGGAGCUAGAGGGGUCACAUGCCCUGAGCCAGCAGGCUGAGCUGAUCUCUCGGCAGCUGCAAGAGCUGCGGCGGCUUGAGGAGGAGGUUAGAGCCCUGCGGGAGACCUCGCUGCAGCAGAAGAUGAGGCUGGAGGCCCAGGCCAUGGAGCUGGAGGCUCUGGCACGGGCAGAGAAGGCUGGCCGAGCUGAGGCUGAGGGCCUGCGUGCUGCCUUGGCUGGGGCUGAGGUUGUCCGAAAGAACCUGGAAGAGGGGAGCCAGCGGGAACUGGAGGAGGUUAAGAGGCUGCACCAGGAGCAGCUCUCCUCCUUGACACAGGCUCACCAGGAAGCUCUUUCCAGUUUGACCAGCAAAGCUGAGGGCUUGGAGAAAUCUCUGAACAGUCUGGAAACCAGGAGGGCAGGGGAAGCCAAGGAGCUGGUUGUGGCCCAGAGGGAGGCUGCGGUGCUGCAGAAGCAGCUGAGCAAGACCCAAGAAGACUUAGAGGCACAGGUGACCUUGGUGGAGAAUUUAAGGAGAUAUGUGGGGGAGCAAGUCCCUCCUGAAGUCCACAGCCAGACCUGGGAAUCGGAGCGACAAGAGCUUCUAGAAACCGUGCAGCACCUGCGCGAGGACCGGGACGGCCUGCACACCACAGCGGAGCUGCUGCAGGUGCGCGUGCAGAGCCUCGUGCACAUCCUCGCCAUCCAGGAGGAGGAGCUGACCCGGCAGGUUCAGCCUUCAGAUUCCCUGGAGCCCGAGUUCAGCCGGAAGUGCCAGUCCCUGCUGAAGCGCUGGCGGGAGAAGGUGUUUGCCCUCAUGGUGCAGCUGAAGGCCCAGGAGCUGGAGCACAGAGGACACGUGGAGCAGCUGAAGGGACAGGUGGCAGAGCUCCAGGAAAGAGCAGUGGCCCAGAGCCAGGAGCAGGCCAUCCUGCAGCGCUCCCUACAGGACAAAGUCGCAGAGGUGGAGGUGGAGCGGAUGGGCGCCAAGGCCCUGCAGGUGGAGCUGAGCCGGGCUCGGGAGGCCCAGCGCCGGAGGCAGCAGCACACAGCUGCAGCCGAGGAGCAGCUGAAGCUGGUGGCCAAUUCUGUCAGCAGCUUUCAGACGUGGCUCCAGAGCACCGUGGCCGAAGUGGAGCGCGCCGUGACCCAGCUGCCCUCCCUCAGCAGCCGAGUCAGCUACGCCGUCCGCAGGGUCCAUACCAUCCAGGGCCUGAUGGCUCGAAAACUGGCCCUUGCUCAGCUGCGCCAGGAGAGCUGUCCCCCACCGCUGCCGGCCACAGACGUGAGCCUUGAGUUGGAGCAGCUGCGGGAAGAACGGAACCGCCUGGACGCAGAAGUGCAGCUGAGUGCCCACAUCAUCCAGCAGGAGGUGGGCCGGGCCCGGGAGCAAGGGGACGCAGAGCGGCAGCGACUGAGUGAGGUUGCCCAGCAGCUGGAGCAGGAGCUGCAGCGGACCCAGGAGUCCCUGGCUAAUGUGGGGCUGCAGCUGGAAGCCGCUCGCCAGGGCCAACGGGAGAGCACGCAGGAGGCGGCCAGUCUCCGACAGGAACUGACCCAGCAGCAGGAGAUCUAUGGGCAAGCUCUGCAAGAGAAAGUGGCUGAAGUGGAAACUAGGCUGCGGGAACAGCUCUUAGAAACAGAGAGGAGACUGAAUGAGGCUCGGAGGGAGCAUGGCAAGGCAGGUGGUGAACACACUCUCGGAGCCGGCGCCCAUAUCCAGCACCAGCAUGUGACCAGCCUUGGAGCCCCCUGAGCCCCGCCCAGCCACUUCCCCUCCACAAAGGCAACAGCCAUCCCAACCUCACACCAACCAUUUCACCCAACUUUUUUUUUUUUUUUUUUUGCCCUAAAACAAUAGAAAUUUAUUCUCUCAUAGUACUGGAAGCUGAAAGCUAGAAGUCUGAACUCAAGAUGCUGGCAGGGUGGUGGGUGCCUGCUAGAGGUUCUGAGAGACAAUCUGUUUGAUGAUUCUCUCCUCCCUUCCGGUGGUUGCCGGCAAUCUGUGGCAUCCCUUGGUUUGUAGGCACAUCAUUCCCUCCCGUCUCCAUCUUUACAUGGUGUCCGCUGCUGUGUGUGUCUACCCCCAACAUUUUUUUUUUAUAAGAUUUUAUUUUUAAGUAAUCUUUAAACCCAACAUGGGGCUCAAACUCACAAACCUAAGAUCAAGGGUCAUAUGCUCUACCGACUGAGCCAGCCAGGUGCGUCCCCCCGUCUUAUUAGGAAAAAGUUCAAAUACCUGGACAGAUUACGAGAGUCACAUAAUGCCUACUUGUUUACCUCCUCUGACUGGAUGCAACAGUUAUUUGUCAAUUUUUUUUAAAGAUUUAAUUUCUUUAAGUAACCUCUACACCCAGUGUGGGUCUUGAGCCCACAACCCGAGAUCAAGAGUUACGUGUUCCACCGACUAAGCCAGCUAGGCACCCAGCAGUUAUUAAUCUUUUGCAAUAUUUGCUUUAUCUGUAUAUACAUAUGCACUGAUACAUGCAUUUUUGGGGGAAUUAUUUAAAGUGAGUUACAAACAUCAUGACCACUGAGCUGCAUCUCCUAUAAAGAGGAAAUUUUCUUAUGUAACCUCAAUGUCAUUGUCACACAUUAAGAAAACAUUAAUUGCACAAAGUCGAAGAUUUCCCCUAAUCGACUCCAGGAAGGUUCAAGGAUGGGGAAAGUACUUUCUUUGGGU